AUGGAAAGCAUGUGGUGUUUUAUUGUGUUAAUUGUGUGUUUUUGGCUGCCGACAGGACACGGACAUGGAAGACUAAUAGAACCCCCAAUGCGCUCCUCUGCUUGGCGGUACGGAUUCGCAACACCGAAAAAUUACAACGACAACGAACUGAACUGUGGCGGAUUCCCGAAUAUGAUGCGUCAAGGUGGACGCUGCGGACCUUGUGGUGAUCCCUGGCAGGGCCCUCGUGACAACGAAGCUGGCGGGAAAUAUUCUGUAGGAGUGAUCACGAGACAAUACGCUUCCGGUCAGACUAUCAACGUCACGGUCCAGCUUACCAGUAAUCACAAAGGUUACUUCGAGUUCCGGUUAUGUCCGAAUAACAACGGCCAGCUACGUGUUACCCAACAGUGUUUUGAUCAAUAUCUGUUAAGGAUCGUGGGGUUAGGCACCAAAUACCAUAUCGACGCCCCGGACUCAAACGUUUUUAUUGACCUACUUUUGGAACUACCCCCGGGCGUUAGUUGCACCAACUGUGUCCUCCAGUGGAAGUGGCGUGCAGCUCAAAACCGUGGUCCCGAUGGUAAGGGAGGAGAGUGUUUUGGUUGUGGACCCCAGGAACAUUUUAUCAAUUGUGCCGAUGUAUCAAUCAGUCCCACGAAAACUUCGCCUCUUCCUCUAACCCGACCUUCGUCAGGAGGGGCUGUGGUCAGAUUCAAGUCACUCAAAUCAGACGUAUCAAGUGCUGUGUCAUACGAAAUCAAAUCCUCAAGCAAGAACUCGGCUGACUUGUAUAGCGCCCCCUCGCGACCGGCAAAACCGGCACCAGCACCGACACCUACUCAAAAUAUGUUUACACAAAUAUCUCACGAAAUUUACCCCACAGGAUUUGGACUCUAUUCCAACAGAAUGCGGAAUAUGUUCAGAAAUAUGUUCGACGGCGAUAUGGGUUACAUGAACAUGGCAAUGAAAGUUGUUCAACCCCAACCCGCACCACCAACCACACCCAAACCUCGACCACAGGUACAGUACUCCCGGACCUCCCAGUCGUCCGCCGUCAAAUUGCCUACCGACCCCCGGGCCCUUACCGCCACUAUAUUGUCUUACGCUAACAAUAUACCAGACGGGAAUGACAACGCUAACUUUGAGGUCUGCCAGGACGGGUACACAAAACCUACGUGUUCUUCACUUCCGUCUUGGAACAAACUUCCAGCCAUAGGAAAAUGGUGUCAGUCCAUGUGCCCAACUGGUGUCUGUCCCACCGCCGUGUGUGGAUGCACGUGCCCCAUGAACAUUCUUCAACAACUGAAUCCAAAUUAUAGAGCAAUGAACAGUCGGUGUAGAGGUAUUCCCGGCUGGACGGAUGCCGCUAUGGACGCGUGGUGCGCAACAAAUUGUAACUCCGAGUUCUGCGCAUCCGAAAUGUGCACGUGUGAGUGA